AUGUCCUCCUCACUACCCGCCCGGGGGCAAUACAUCACAUCCACCGACGCGGUUGUUGAGGGUCAGCGCUGGCAUGCAACGACCGCCAACGUAUCUGACCUCGAAGACUGUGCCAUCGCCGUCGACGCGACCUACUACUUGCAGCUCUGCCUCGAUACCCCUCCAUCCCGCGAACCUCUCUUGUCCGCGCUAGGGGGGCUUACUGGGCUCGACUACCAUAUACGUCAAGAUCUAGAACAAUGGAACGCCCACAAGAUCACUCCGUUCUUCAUAUUUGAUGGGCAAACUCUCCAUGGUCAGGAUGAAGUAGCUGCCCUGCGUGGCAAGCGGCCAACAAGAAGACGGACGAAGCCUGGAACCUCUACGCGAAGGGUGAGGCGGAGCAAGCCGUUACUGCAUUCGGGGCCAAUAGCGGUAUGGAAUAUCAGUCUCCUGAGAGGUAGCGACGGUGCUGACCCAGGUCCUCUAGGUGCAUUCCGAGUUCAGACUCUGUACCCUAUGCUCCAGUCCAUUCUCCAGGAGAAUAAGCUGCACUUCCUAGUUGCACCGUACAAUGCAUCAGCUCAGAUUGCGUACCUGGACAUGAUCGACUCGGACCAAUGCGCCGGCGUCAUGGGGUCGCAAGAGCUGCUUCUCUACCCGAUCAACGACGGCGUCAUUCGCUCUUUCGACUGGGAGAACAAGAAGGUUAAGGCCAUCUUCAAAAAGAGUCUGAUUCGCUCCCUCAAUGUCAAUGACACUACGUUCACCGACGCCCUUCUCAUGACCGGCACCUCAUUUCUCUCCACCUACCCCCCGCUUCAGGACACGUCGCGCGCAAAGAUGGCUGUUCUUCAUUUCGUCUACAUUGCAGAGUCGGGCGAAGUGAAGGUCAACGACUACGAGCAUCUCACCAAUGACAACUUGCAAUAUAUGGGAUUGCAACUUCCGGCAGAGCUCUAUCACUAUCUCAACGUGGGCUUGAUCGGCGGCCGUGUCUUGAGCGGCAUCACUCACCUCCAAAUCUUCAUUACACCGACUCUCGACGGCACCGUGUCAGAAGAAUACAAGAAGCUGGUUACCAACCAACUUGUUCCCAUCCGGGAGCAGACGCUUGCGCUGUUGAUGCCACGUCUGAACCGCUGGAUCUCACGCCAAGACGUCUCGUUGAAGGUCUGGUACGACGACAAGCUCUCACAAAAGCUCAACCACGCCGGCGUCCAACCUAACCCGAUAGGACGUGCCGCGACUUGGGACAUUAAAGAAAGUAGUUUCAAGAAGAGUGAGGUUACGGACGCUAAGCCAGGAUCCAUUUCAUUUGAAGUGCUUUCACUGCUCUUCCCUGACUUUGCCAAGGAGACCUUCCCCAAGGAGAAACGCAUUAAAGGCAUCAACUCGGCUGAUGAGAUCACCUCGCUCGCUAUUUGGCGCUUUCUGCAGCUUAGGGGCUAUGUCGAUAACGCCCAUGGCUUAACAGGUUGGGGAAACGCAUUGGCCGUGGCGAUUAUGAGUCUCAAGACCUGGACGAGUCAAAGCCGACCUGGUGGCUUGGAGGGUUACGAGGCUGUUCUGAUGGCCUUUGAGUUGAUCCGGCUUGGCGUUUUGCAUGCGCACACUGGCUACGGAGAAGCCAAUGGAAACUCGCAGAAUGGCGCCGAUGCGGAAGAGGGCAGCAGCCUACUCAUCGGUCGCUGCGCUUCUCUCCUGAAGCUGCGACACGAAGCCAAUGGAUACACAGGGCCACUCAGCAAGCCCCUGCUGUACUUCCGUUCACUAUCCACGACUGUUCGAGAAGCAGACCGAGACCUCAUCGAAGCUAUCGUUGCCUCAAUGUUCCUGCACGCUCAGUCCAAGAGGGACAGAGAUGAUUACCUAUCAUUGAAGCAGAGACUUCCCUUCCUUCACAGCCCUGAUGUUGCGUUGGGCAUUGCUGUCAAAACCUUCUUGACCGAGGUCUCUACUUCUGACACCCCAGAGGUGCGGCAAGCGAGGCUGAGCGCCUUCCCGGCCAACUUUGUGCCGAAUGCGAUCAACUUCGCUGAGGACCUUGAAAUGAGCCUAGCGUUCUUUGACGCCAUCGGCGCCGGUGUGGAAACGCUGAGCACAGAGCUUUCAGCUGACGAUAAGGCGUCUUGGAGGGCAGCCCGAGACUAUCGGGACGCGAGACGGGUCUAA